AUGGACAGCGCUGUGUCGAUGGGACAGCUUCUCCGCCUCCGGGGAGUCCGCAGCGUGCGGCCAGGGCAAAUGUUGAAGAGGAAAUCCUCAGGGGAAGAGUUGCCCAGAUUUUCCCGCAUCAAAGCCUUCCCUCGGAUCGCCAUUUCAAGUGGCGCACGCAACAGGGCAUGCCCCAUGGCGUCCCGCAACGCCUCUGAUUCUGCUCCCUUGUCGUUCCCAGAGGUGCGGUUGGUCAAUGGGCACAGCCGGUGCCAGGGGCGUGUGGAGAUCCUCUACAAUGGCUCCUGGGGGACGGUGUGCGACGACGACUGGGACCUAGUGGACGCCAACGUGGUGUGCCGCCAGCUGGGUUGCGGCCAUGCCCUCGCCACGCCGGCCACCCUGACCUUCGGCCACGGGCGGGGGCCCAUCUUCUUGGACAAUGUGGACUGCCAAGGGAGGGAGGUGGCCCUGAGUGAGUGCGGGAGCCGUGGCUGGGGCAUCCACAACUGUUACCACUAUGAGGAUGUGGCCGUCACGUGUAACGAGCUCUCCCCCACCCGGGCAAGCAAAGGACCAGCGAGCAGAACCGCCACAGCCACCCUGCCGAACGGGAAGAGCGAUGGCAGUGUUCGGCUGGUGAGCGGCGCCGACCCCUGCCGGGGCAGGGUGGAGAUCUUCUACCAAGGGACCUGGGGCACGGUGUGCGACGACGACUGGGGCAUGAGCGACGCCAGCGUGGUGUGCAGGCAGGCGGGCUGCGGCCGCGCAGUGGCACACAAGAGCAACGCCUACUUCGGCUACGGCACGGGACGCAUCCUGCUGGACAACGUGAACUGCGAGGGCAGCGAGCCCCGCCUCUCGGCCUGCUACAGCCUGGGCUGGGGGAUCCACAACUGCGGGCACCACGAGGACGCGGGCGUCAUCUGCACAGGGCUGCGGGUUUCGACGGUGGCACCAUUCACCACCUUGGCUGCCCGGGUCUACGGAGAGUCAUUCACUGCCACUGCCACAGUGACGGAUGCCGGAGAUCAGCCCUCGCCAGAGACUGAAGUGAUCACAGCGGCCCUUCUGGCCGCGGGCAAGAGAAGUGGCAGCAUCCGGCUGGCGAACGGGAACAGCAGCUGCCAAGGCCGGGUGGAGGUUCUGUACCGCGGCACCUGGGGCACAGUGUGUGACGACGACUGGAGUUUCACCAAUGCCCAGGUGGUCUGCCGGCAGAUGGGCUGCGGGGUGGCGGUGGCGGCCACCAUUCUGGGCUCUUUUGGUUACGGCACCGGGCCCAUCCUUCUGGACAACGUGGAUUGUGCCGGCCAGGAGGCUGACCUGGCGAAUUGCUUUCACCUGGGCUGGGGGCAGCACAACUGUGGGCACCAUGAGGACGCCGGCGUCAUCUGCAGAGGUGUGGACGAGUCCGGAGAUCAUUUCAGAGAAGAUGCUUUUGCGACCGCCACCUCAGCCACAACUCGUCCCAAGGACGGAUUCCUGCGCCUCGUGAACGGCAGCCACCGCUGCGAGGGCCGCGUGGAGCUGUUCUACCUGUCCCAGUGGGGAACCGUGUGCGACGACGCCUGGGACCUCCGGGACGUCGCGGUGGUGUGCCGGCAGAUGGGCUGCGGGGGUGCCCGGGCCGCCUGGGGGGAGGCGCGCUAUGGCCCAGGCACCGGCUACAUCUUCCUCGACAACCUCAAGUGCAAAGGCGACGAGCCCUCCCUGCUGCGCUGCUCCCACAUCCGCUGGAACGUGCACAACUGCGACCACUCGGAAGACGCCGGCGCCCUCUGCGGGCUGCUAUGA